GUAUACGAUAUUGCUCUAAAUAGUAUAUCUCAAGAAAUCAAAGAAAUUCAAGGAUCACAAGAACCUGAGGUUAAUAAUAAAAUUCAAGAAUUACAAGAACUUGACGUUGAUAAUGAAAUUCAAGAAUCACAAGAACUUGACGUUGAUAAUAAAAUUCAAGAGCUACAACAACUUGACGUUGACAAUGAAAUUCAAGAAUCACAAGAACUUAAUGUUGAAGAAGUUAUUGUAACAGAGAACCGUGAAAUAAUAGAGAUUAAAUAUCUUACAAUGAUUAAUGUUGUGGAAGAUAAUCCAGACGAUUUAAUAGGUGGUGAAAGCUUUCUUAUAAACUACAAUGAUUAA